AUGUCUCAACUCUUGCAUCCUAGGGAUCCCAUCGACGUUCUCUAUUCUACAUCGGCUGCUCCUCACAGUCUGAUCCCUCACGCAGACCCGACAAUCCCAACGCCUGAGGCUCUCAUCGCUCUUCCUCAACUAUCCCUUCAAGCCGUCAACCCCACCGGCCCCACCCGCAACCAAGCCCUGUCUCCCACCUCCAUGGUUCCGCAGCAGGGCCGUGACAAGCCAAGAUCGACAAGGCGGUACAAGCUGGCAUCGAAGGAGCUUGCAUCGUCAGCCAAGAUACCCACACUGUCCAUGACGGGACCGAACUCGAUUCGCGGCCAGCAGUGUGUUGUCAUGUGA